AUGAUCAAUAUUAUUGGAUGGGCGCCAGACUCCCAUGAGGUAGUUUUCAGUCUAUUUCAGUUAUCAUAUAUCUCGCAAUUUCAGCCAAGCCCAGAAACAUCUUUCCUGAAUCAGUUUAUCAGCCCCUUCGGCACAAUUGAAAGCGGAGAUAAAAACUAUCCUCGAGUCCGCUCUGGUCAUCGAUGUUUCACAGACAACGACUAUUUGUAUCUAAUUGGAGGAUAUACUCAUCAGAUUCGGAGAGGUUCUAUUUUCAAGGAGAUAUGGGCAAUGAGCCUCGCCACAUUUGAGUGGAGACGUUAUGAAGUUAUUGGAGAACUCCCAGAUACACUCGCUUCCUUUGCUAUUAUUCAAGUCUUUCCAUAUUCCAAGACUUUUAUUCUGUUUGGAGGUAGUGGUACAGCGUUUGGGACUUCUUCUUCGAAUCGCUUUUACUUUGUUGGUGUAGACAAUAACAACUGCUGCGUUGAGUCAUACGAGCUAAAAGUAGGAGGAGAUAUUCCUUUACCUAAAUAUGGUCAUGCAAUGUGUGCCGGAGAGGUUCGUGGCAAGUAUUACAUUAUUGGUGGAACGGAAGGUACCUCAUUUGACUUCGAUGUGCACGCACUCACAAUGAGAGCCAAUCCAGAAGCUACAACAGAGAAUGAGAAAUAUACAUGGCAUUGUGAACUGAUAACGACAAAUCAGGGAUUUCCUGGAAGGUACAGACUCGAGGCAACCUAUGACGAAAAAAACCACUGCUUACUUUUCUUCGGUGGAGGAAGUAAUGAGGAAGUUCAUGGAUUCGAGAAGAUAAUCAAAUUGGACUUAAAGACAAAGAUCAGUUCGGCAGUUUCCACUAUUCCAGAUUCGAGGAACGGGUAUCCACAAGCGCGUCGAUGUCAUACAAUUGCCCGCAGGAGUACGAAAGUGAUCAUGACUGGUGGUAUUUUUCAUAGAGAAAAUGGCCUAGAUGUUUUGGUACACUCAGAUGUAUGGAUUUUUGAAAUGACUGACUAUUCUUGGGAAAAAUAUGAGCAUUCCCUUCCGCGAGCUGUGUACUUCCAUGAUGCUGCAAUUACGGAAGAGGGAUGUAUGAUGGUGUUUGGCGGUGCUCAUGAGCUCACUCCGACAGCACCAAGAAAUAAUAAACUUUAUUUUGCAUGGUUUGGGAUCCCGCGUUUGCAGACAUUCGCCCUCGAAGCUCUCCGAAAGAAAUAUCCUCAAAUGUUCUCCGGUUUGUACUCUGGCAAUUUGCAACCUAGUGGAGUAUUAGACGUGUUCAAUACAUUUUGUAAGCCUGGGAAGAUUUCUGAAGAAGAAAGGAAUAUUGUUCAAAGAGGACGCAUUCCGUUUCAUGAACACGAAGACCGUAGUCGCUUUUUUCUGAAUGGAAACUCAGAAGAUUAUGCUGUUAGAAUCUUUUUGCAGCAUCAAGUUGCCGAUCCCGAACCUCUUCAGAGACGUCGAGGACAGAGGCAACAAGGCAGGCACGAACAGAUCCUCCAAAACAAUGGAGAUAUACGAGGACCUCUCCGUAGGAUGUUCGACCAAUUUCUCCGUGGUGUUGGUGCUGUUGACGAAAAUAACGGAGAAGGUGAAGCUGGAGAAGAAAGAGAAGUGAACGCUCAAUUACGCAGAGAAAACAUUGAUAACAUAAUAAAUGAAAUUAAUGAAAUCAUCGCGGAGAGGGUAGACAGAGAAGAUCCUCAAUAA